AUGACCUCGCAUCUGAAUGUACUUAUGGAUGCACCAACGGUACGUACACGGCUCAUUACUUCAACGUCAGGUCCACAACAUAACGACUAUUUCUUUAUUUAUGUUUCCACCAUUGUUACGGUAACUGUUCUCCUGUCAUCGGCUUUUCUGGUGUGGCGAUGGGGUCUACAAGGCUUUGGUACACAUCUCUCAGUUGCAUUAGCUAUCGCACUCUUGAUUUUCAAUGCAUAUCUUGGGGCUAAAGCAUGGUCCGACCUUCACCAAGAGAAUGAAGUUUUUCUGAAGCAUCAACGCCGACCUAUGCCGCAAAUUCGGCCGACGAACAAAUUUUGUCGCGACUUGGCUAGCCCAGUCUGGAUAGAACGGAAUAUCUACUACGAAGACGAAAGAAAUGGCAAAGUUCCAGCUUCUGCUUGA